ACUCUUAUCCCCUCUCGCUCCCACCUACUUGCGCACCCCCAAAUUGCUCGCCUUUCCUCAGCCAUCUGCUUGCCCUAGCUAGCUAGCUCGCCGGCCUGCCGCUGCAGUGCGCACACGCGCGCUAUGCGGGCAAUAGGCACGGCGAGGGAGAGCCGGCAGCCAUGAGCAGAGACAUCGACGAAGGAAGCGUUUCGGCGGCGACAGCAGGAGGAGGAGGAGGGGAAGUGGGUGGCGAGCCGGCGGCCGGCGUCGGCGACGAGGCAGCCGUCGACUCGCACGAGAACGACCUGGUGAUGCCGGGGUUCCGGUUCCACCCGACGGAGGAGGAGCUCAUCGAGUUCUACCUCCGGCGCAAGGUGGAGGGCCGGCGCUUCAACGUCGAGCUCAUCACCUUCCUCGACCUCUACCGCUUUGACCCAUGGGAGCUCCCCGCAAUGGCGGUGAUUGGGGAGAAGGAGUGGUUCUUCUACGUGCCCCGGGACCGCAAGUACCGGAACGGCGACCGGCCGAACCGGGUGACGGCGUCGGGGUACUGGAAGGCGACGGGGGCAGACAGGAUGAUCCGCGGCGAAAACAGCCGGCCCAUCGGCCUCAAGAAGACGCUCGUCUUCUACUCCGGCAAGGCCCCCAAGGGCGUCCGCAGCAGCUGGAUCAUGAACGAGUAUCGCCUCCCGCCGCCCACCACCGACGCCGAUCUCUUCUACAAGUCCGAGAUCUCGCUCUGUCGCGUGUACAAGCGCUCAGGCAUCGACGACGGCCACGGGCGGCCCUCCUCCAGCAACGUCCAAGCGGCCUCGGCGAGACCGGGCACCUCACGCAUUAUUAUUCCGCCGGCUGGCCAGCAGGUGUCAUCACCGUCGGCCACGCCGCUGUCACCGACACAGCAGCCCAGCUUCCACGGCCUAGUCGGCCAGGGGGAGUGCUCGUCGGCGCCGCUACCAGCCAUCAUGGACCAGGGCACCCAACACAAUAAUGCCCCGCAGCUGCACCAGCCGCCGCCACCUCCUCCCCCGAGGCCGAGCGCCUAUGCGUCGGCGAUGAGCUCAACAAUGUCGGUUGCGCCGGCCGAGAGGGCCUGCACGUACUCGCUUAUGGCCCUGGCAGACGCGCCCAUGAUGGGCAGCAGUUCCACGGCGGGGGACGAGCUGAGCCGGCUGGUGGGCCACAGCCAGGCCUACCCUAACCACCCGGCCGUCGGCAGCCACUUCCUCCCCUCACCAUCAUCGUCACAAAUUCCGCCCCUCGGAGAGAUGCCGGUGUCGCCGGCUGACAAGCUUUGGGAUUGGAUCCACCCUGACACCACAGGAAGCAGGGACUACGGCAGUUCUAGUUUUAAAUGACUCCAAAACCAAGUAAAUGCAGGCUUGAGAGAGCAGGUUGCAUUGCAUAUGCCGAUGGGCGGUGGCAAUAUGCAUAAUUUGUAGGUUUUCACAGCCGCAGUUAACUCUGAAAACCCUCAACCUAGACUUUAUAUUAUACCCUUUCAUCACUCUACAGCAAGUGGUAUAUGAUUCAGAACUAAAUUAAGAUAAGAUAUAUAGCACUGAUGUUGUAAGCACAAGUUGGUGUUCAGUCAGUCUUAAUGUUCAGCUUCAUGUCUUAGUUAACUCCA